CUCAUGGGAAUUGUAGUUCAUGAGUCUCGGCGUUGGGGUGCUGGGAAGGACUGCGGUUUGGGCCCCAAGUUGCGGUUGUGCCAGGUCGCGGCUGGUGGCAUCAUGUCUCGGGUGUCGGUGCCCUGCCAUGUGAAAGGUACCAUAGCCCUGCAGGUGGGUGACGUGCGGACCUCCCACGGACGGCCUGGUGUGCUGGUUAUAGAUGUCAGCUUUCCCAGCGUCGCUCCCUUCCAGUUGCAGGAGAUCAUGUUUAAGAAUUACUACACAGCCUUUUUGAGCAUCCGUGUCCGUCAGCAUACCUCAAUGCACACACCAGCCAAGUGGGUGACCUGUCUGCGAAACUAUUGUCUGAUGCCGGACCCCCACAGUGAGGAGGGAGCUCAGGAGUAUGUGUCGCUGUUCAAGCACCAGAUGCUGUGUGACAUGGCCAGAGUUUUAGAGCUACGCCUGAUUCUUCGGCAGCCAUCACCACUGUGGCUAUCUUUCACGGUGGAGGAGCUGCAGAUUUAUCAGCAGGGACCAAAGAGCCCCUCAAUGACCUUCCCCAAGUGGCUCUCCCACCCAGUCCCCUGUGAACAACCUGUACCCCUACUAGAGGGUCUCCCAGACCCCAGCAGGGUAUCCUCCGAGGUACAGCAGAUGUGGGCGCUGACAGAGAUGAUCCGAGCCAGUCACACCUCUGCAAGGAUCGGCCGCUUUGAUGUGGAUGGCUGUUACGACCUGAAUUUGCUCUCCUACACUUGAAUGGUUGCUGCUACCUAAGACAAUGGCCUUUCUGUGCCCACCCAGGCUUGGUUUGGGCCACCAAAGGCUGAAGUGUGUUUCCUGAGCAUUCUGAGUAUU